AUGAUUGUGCCCGACUUCUUCACAACGGACCCCGACUGGGCAGCAUACGCAGUCAAGCACGGCUUCCCACUUCUCCCAGAUAAAGAUGUCGACAGACCUUCUCUGCCGCCACUCGAUGCACGCUCCUGGGACUUCAAAGCCAUCAGAAACGCAAAUGCCGCGAGUGAAGCAAGCUGGUCUCGCGACCAUCCACUUUCCACCGUCGGGUACGAGACAUUUCUGACCGACAUCCAAGUCCGCGACGGCAGCCUAUGCAGCGUAAAGGUUUCCUGGCCCGCAAAACCACGACUUCACAGGCAAUGUGGCAGCGCCACGGCACCGGCCUCGUCAUCACCACUACCAGUACUGUUCGUGACGCAUGGCGGAGGCUUCGUUCAGGGCACGCACCAGACUGAAGAGGCAUGGCUGCUUUGGCCCAUUUACGAGAGAUUUGAUCUCGUCAUUGUCAGUGUCGAGUAUCGUCUGGCUCCCGAGCACAAAUUCCCAACAUGGAUCGAAGACUCGUGGGACGUGCUGCUACAGCUCUUGCAGGACGCGACACAGUUUCUGCCGGCGAAUUGCGCUAUUCAAGUCAAUCCAAAAACUCUCUACCUGGCGGGUUCUUCAUCUGGCGGUGGAAUCAGCGCUGUCUUAUCACAUCUAUGCCGCGACCACGGCAUUCCCGUCUCCGGUGCCAUUCUGAAUGUCCCUGUUCUUUGUGACUACCGCGAGAUACCCCCUACAACGCCACACACGAAGAAGGGGGAGGCGUCGUACGAGCAGUGUAUCGGUACCUUUUCGGAUUCUCGCGGGUUGAUGGCUGUGUGGGACAUGAUACGACCUUCACCGGAAGCUCAGCCGGACCCCUUUGCUUCGCCACUCCUGGGCAAUCUUUCCAAUUUGCCUCCACACAUUAUAUGUGUAGCGGGUCAGGAUCCGCUGAGGGAUGAGGGUCUGCAGUACGCGAAGAAGUUGCAGCAACAAGACACCCCCGUGCGGUUGCACGUGUACCCGGGAGUGCCGCACAACUUUGCUCAGUUUUGGGAACUGAAAGCUUGUCGACGGUUUUGGGAUGACUUACAGAGAGGGAUGGAGUGGUUACUGGCGAAAACCGAAGAAUGCCAGAAGUUUGAAUGUACAAUCAAUCGAAGAUAG